GUGACUGAUCCAGACUCACCAGGGUAGACCUCUGUGAAUCUCCUCUGUACCUGUCUGAAAACGGGUUUCUUCCACAAGGUUCUAACAAAGACAGAGUUUUCAGGACUGGGAGAAAGUUUCAGGUGUCUCGACAGGUGAAGACAGGAACCAUGGAGGUGAAUGCUGCCACUUCUCGCUCUAGCCAGCCCCCCUCUCUGCCAUCCAAACCCAAGCCUCAGCCUCCCCCCAAACCACAACUCCGAGGGACCAUGGUACGCAGGAUCACUGAGGUCCUCUGGAAGGGCUGCAUGGUUGACCAGGAGCAUCAAACACACUCUCUCCCAGGGGAGGAUAGAGGUGACUCACACAGGCAGAGUGAAGUGCAUAGGACCAAACAUCUGUCUGUACCCACUCCAUAUGGGCAGCUUCUCACUGUGGCUAAGAACCGUUUUAGUACUGGAGUUACUGGGUCUCCCCACGCAGAGGAUGCUGGGAUUUCUGGAGGCCAGAGGAAGCGUCUCCCGGUCCCCAAACCCAGACUGAGAAAGAGACCCCAGCAAUCAGAGAGCAGUGAGCCUCAAAACACUGUCAAUGAGAAUAGAGAUUCAGCCAGAAUGGCUUCUUCAAGCUACAAAACUGUGGAAUCCACUUCUCCAGUAGCUUCAGCCAGGAACUCCAGGGAUGUGAAGGACCAUCGGAAAGACAGCAGACUGAAGGAGGAGGAUGAAGUCCAGGCAGAGUGCCCGCCGUGCUGCCCGUGUCUGUGCCACCUUCGGAGGUGCUCGGGAGGUCAUGAGGAGGCGAGUCAAACUAUAAACCUCAGAGAGGGAGAUGGGGACCAUGCCUCCUCCAAAGAGUUAGAGACUCCAGGGUUUGGCAGCGCUACUCUGGACCCCAAAGUGAACUCCAGUGAACGCUUCUCGACUCCUCAGGCCAGCCCCUCUGAGUGGCUCUUCCACACAGAUAAGAAGGCUGCAGGUGCAAUGGAGUAUGAGUCUGUAUUGCUUCCUCACAGCCGUCCCCUUCCCAAGAAACCACUCUGGCUCCCCGCUAGCCCAAGAGGAGAGAAGGAGCCCAGUAGCUCUGAGGGAGUGUACAUGGAGAUAGAUGAGACCUCAUUUGACAAUGGGCUACAAACUCCAGCUACCUUGACUACGGCACAGCCAAUCAAUAACAAAGGGUAUCAGAACUCCGUCAAGAACUCCUUGCAAACCAAAAAGCAACCACCCACAGCCAGUGGCUCUAAAAGAAAAGAGCUGAAACCUCCCUCAUCAGCUCCUGAGGACCCUCUAAAAUACCUGCCUCAUUGGGACAAGAACAAAUCACAGAGUAGAGGAAAAGGUGUCCCAUCACGGUGUGCCUCUAGCAGUCAGUUGAAGGACAAAGUUGUAGCCGAACUGAGGGAGAGGUUCCCUGGGGGAGACUCGGGGGAGGUGGGGGGCGAAGUCAGGAAGAUGAAAAAAAACUGGAAGCCUUCUUUGCUCUCUUAUGAGGCGCUGGUGGGUUUCAUUGGUUGGAAACGAUCAUCCACAGAGGAUGGCACAAGGAUAUCACCCAUACAGAACAGGAAAACGCAGCCUCCCGCUGACAACUUUAUGGAAAUCCAUUUCCGGGAUUCCAGAAAGCAGGAAUGUGCCGAGGAAGGAAGCGUCAUGGAGGGGGAGGAGGCGCCCUCAACUGAUGUCAUCAUGACAUCACCCAACAAGGUGAAGAAGACCAAGCUGCAGAACCUGAGUUCAGAGGAAAACCAGGCACAGAGUUAUGACUCAAGACCUCGGGCAAAUAGAGCGACGCGAGAGUGCCUCCCAGAACAUGCAGGGAUGACUACACAAGAGAAGAGAGAAAGGGCCUCACAGGAUGAGCUUGAUGAAACAGACCACUGUCCUUCAGGGAAACCCAAUCCGGGCCAGAAGAAUGAGGAAACAGGGUCCUCUCUUGAUCAGGUCAGCAGGAGAAUCCCCAACAGUCACAGGUCCUUGAAGCCGUAUUGGCAGGAGCUCAGUGUGGUCCAAGAGAGUGGCAUUCUGCCCCAGCUCAAGAAACAGGAGGUUCUGCUGCAAGAGAGUAUGUACGAGGUUGUGACCACAGAGCACUCUUACCUCAGCAGCCUAACAGUGGCUGUGGUUCACUUCAUGGACUCCCCAGAGCUCAGCAGCGCCCUUGGCCCUCGUGACAAGAAAUCACUUUUCUCUAGCAUUGGAAAGAUCAAGGAAAUCAGCAAAAACUUCUUGGAGGACCUGAAGGAGAAGAUGUAUGGUAACCUCUUCUAUGACAUCUGUAAUGUCAUUUACUACCAUUCCAAGAACCACUUCUCAGCCUACAUAGAUUACAUCCGCAAUAUGCCAUACCAGGAGCUGACCCUGCACAAUCUCGGAAAGGAGAAAGGCCAGGUUGUUGAGAUACUGUCCCGGCUGCAGGAGGACCCCAGGUGUAACCGUUUGCCUCUGAAAUCCUUCCUGGUCCUGCCCUUUCAGAGGAUCACACGUCUCAAGAUCCUGGUGGAGACCAUUUUGAAAAGAACAGAGCAGGGGUCUGAAGGAGAGAAAUCUGCAGAGAGAGCAAUGAAGGCGAUAUCAAAGGUUGUUGAAGACUGUAACAGGGAGGUGGGGAAUAUGAAACAGAUGGAGGAACUGGUCCACAUUGCAAACAAAACUGAGUUUGAGUGCAAGAGUAUUGCUCUGGUCUCAUCUUCCCGCUGGCUAGUGAAACAGGGGGACCUGACCGAGCGCACUGACAAGGAGAACAUCUUUGGCCAGAAGAAGAGCUCCCCUGUCUAUCUGUUUCUCUUCAAUGAUCUGCUGCUGAUCACCGCCAGGAAGGGAUUGGAUCGAUUUGUGGUCCAGGACCAUGCCCACCGCUCCCUCAUUGAGAUCAGCGACGGGGCAGAGGAAGACCUGGAUACAGAGACGGAGAACACCUUCCUCUUGGUGCUACUGAAGAACCACCGCAGCACCACUUCACAGCGCCUGCUCAAGGCUGCCACAGAAGCUGAGAAGAACAGCUGGAUUGAAGCCUUGACCCCCAAGAAGGGCGAUGGUGUUGAGGUUUAUGAAGAAUGGGACUGUCCGCAGGUGGAGUGCACAGUUGGCUACACAGCACAGCAGCCUGGCGAGUUGAGUUUGGAACCUGAUGAUGUCAUUAAUGUGAUCCAGAAAACUCCUGAUGGCUGGCUGGAAGGGCGGAGGCUGGGGGAUGGAGAGAGGGGCUGGUUUCCACGGUGCUUCGUCAAGGAGAUCAGCAAUGAACAUGUGCAACGGAGGAACCUGCGGCAGAGACACAGAGUCCUGCAGACCGCCAAUAAACUAGUGAGCCGCCGCACCUCCUCCCGGGACUGCCGAGUCUCCACCUGCUUCAGAUAGAGCACUGCCCCCUUACACCUUGGGGAGGCUAAGUGUAAUGAGGUCAGGAUCUACAGCGCAAGGAACACAAAUACUGGAUGUGACUAAUACAUGUUUGGGAUUACUCUAGGUGAUGGAACUGAACUGUUUAAAUACCCUUGAAAUAAUUUAAGAUGAGUGCUGCUGAACAGUAGGUGAAAACAAUAUUUCCAAUGCUACAAUGAUCUUAAUUCUUAAAACGCCUAAUCUAUUUUCUGACCUUUUUCCAGUAAUGUUAAGGUCAUGGGAGGCACGAUUCAGCAUGGUUUAGAUAAUUAAAACAGACCCAGCAAUUUCUAGUUUAGGACAUUCCUUUUCCUAAAAAAGCUCACAAAAAUGAAUUUUGUAAAACUUUCCUUGCAGUGCUGCAAUUAGUCUCAAAUUCUAGUUUUAAAGAACCACCAUUCAUUUCUAUCAACUGGGAUUUAAAAGAAAAUGUUUUAGUGCUCUGAUCUGAUUUAGUGUUUGAAUCACAAGAAUAAUUUAUUAGAGCCAGAUCUGUGGUAUGAAAUAGAGCUUAAUGCAAGUUUUCUUUAUAUAGAAACUUGUGUUUGAGUCAAGGGUAUACUAUUGUGUGGGUGUUCCAAAGUGUAUUUGUUUUUCAUAUUUCAAUUUGUAGCAGGGAAGUCUUGCGACUCACAUAGCUUUGAAUUCAGAACUUCCCACAUCGACAUUAAUCUUUAAUCUGUUAAACAACAAUGAAUUACUAAGUAAAACCUACAUCAUAAGUAAAUGGUUAAUUUUACAGUAUCUGUAUAAACAUGAUUGCCUUGUGCAAUCUCUAUAGCAUAGACGGAAAAGGAUGUUUGAUAGGAUGUUUUCUAUUUUUGUAUCCUUACUGAGUUGCUGGUCGUCUCAGUGUCUUAAUACUACAAUGCAUAAGAUUUCUUACUGUUUGUCAUUUUUGUAUUUUGACGUUUUGCUUAAAAUCAUGUUUUGCUGUUUAUCGCCCAGCACAAAAAUGACAGUGCUCCUUUACAAACCUGCAGAUGGCAGGCAGAGUUAAGAGGUCAUGCUUUUUGUGCUCUGCCUGCGGAUACACUUCUAUGCAAUUUCAGUGUGAUCGACUGCUUGGCGUGAACUGCAGCAGAAAAAACAACGAUUCUGCAGACAUCAGUGGAAUUGCUCUUGCAUUUACACAUACACACACACACACACACACACACACACACAC